AUGAACGUGGCAAAGGCUCUUCGCAUGUUUGAAAUGUUGAGGGUGCCAGCACUGUCCAAGUCACAGUAUUACAGGACCCAGAAGGAGUACCUCAUUCCCGCUGUCAGUUAUGUUUAUCAGACUAGACAGAAGGAACUCCUUGGACAGCUGCAGCCACGUCCCCUAACCAUUGCCGGAGAUGGGAGAUGUGAUUCUCCUGGACACACUGCCCUCUAUGGAACCUACACCCUGCUCGAGACCACUGCCAACCGCAUAAUACACUUUGAAUUGGUCAAGGCAACCGAGGUAUCGAGCAGUAAUGCCAUGGAGAAGCAUGGGUUACAGAGGUGCCUGGCAUUCCUUGAAUGGAAUGAUAUGGUCGUAGACACCCUUAUUACAGACAGACACACUGGAAUCAAGGCGAUGAUGAGGGACUGCUGCCCCCAGAUAAAACAUCGCUUUGAUGUGUGGCACGUCGUCAAAGGGGUAAAGAAGAAGCUAUUGGCACUUGGCCGCUCUGCAAGCCAUCAAGUGGUGAACUUGUGGGUUGAUAGCCUCGUUCGCCAUGCCUACUGGUGCCCAAAGACGAGUGGAGGAGACGGCGACCUAUGUCUUGCAAAGUGGAUGUCGGCCCUCAACCACAUUGUGGACGUCCAUGAGCAUGAUGAUCCCGUCUACCCAGUUUGCUACCAUGGUGCGACCUCGGAACCCCGUGAGUGGUUGAAGGAAGACAGUGAAACUUACAGGAAGGUCACAGACAUUAUUGCAGCACCUGCCCUCCUCAAGGACAUCCCUCAGCUGUCCUCCCAAGACCAAACGUACGGUCUGGAAGCCUUCCACAGCGUCAUGCUGCACUUCACGCCAAACACAUUUUCGUUCCAUGAUGAGGGAAUGCUAGCCAGGACACAACUGGCCGUACUUCACUAUAACGAAAAUGCUGACCGUGCGCAAUUGGAAAAAGAGGGGUCCAAGCAGUACCGCCUGAAGCCUUCAAAGGUUAAGAAGGCAUGGCUUGUGGUACCUGUGAAGGAAGAUGCAACGUACGAAUAUGCGACGGCACUUACAGCAGAGGUGUUACGUCGCAUCAAACAGAAACACAAAGAACCACCAGCAGUGGAAGCUCGCCCAGCACGGUCAGCCUCUUAUGGUGAAAGGCCAACCUUGGAAGAAGCUAUGGAACGUUUUCAAUCAAGGUUCCGGAAGUAAAUGUGGCUCCCUACUGGCAAUAAAAUUUGACAGCCGACCAGGAUGCACCAGCCUUGAUUCCAGCAACAAAAACGGCCCUUUUCAGGGCCACCCAACUUUUGCCACAAGAGGCUUUGCCUGCGUGCAGAUGACCCUUUCAGAGGAACAUUAUAGAAUGAUAGCCUUAUUGAUUUUUUAUACACCAAGAACAUGAAAUAAUAUCUGUUCUUUCCUUUCUUUCAGGAGCAUACACCUGCAACACCAGGGAACGUAACCACAGUGGCUGCCUACAAAAUGUAUCCUAACAAGGAAUAAAUGUCUAGGAAGAGGAAAACAAAGGAGAGACUUGCAUAGCGUAUUAGUACACCAGAUAUGGAUCUGCCAACAUGAACCCUCCGAACAUCCCUGUGGCAGCGUACCUGUAACCGCCCAGACUUCACACCAAAUUAAUGUAGGACCACAGCACAACAUAAUAAAAUAGCUUAGGUUUAUUUGCCUCCCAUACAUAAUGGGAGGCAAAUAAACCUAUGAUAUUUCGUUAUUCCCACUCCGUCAUACUCCACUGUACAAUAAAUCGAUACAA